GCCGGGUGUGAGACGAGUGAUGGACCGCAGCUGGGGGAGGGCCAGCCCUUCAACGAAGAUAGCGGCCGAACGCCGCAAAGAUGGCUCGAAGGUCGAACCAGGCCGCCUACAAACGAUCCGACGCUAGAAAUCCAGCCGCAGCCGACCCGCCAAACCGCCGUGGUGCCGGCGUGACGAAUGGAAGCCUCCACUCCCAGAGGACUGAGCCGCCUCGCCGCCGCCGCCCACCGCUGGAGCCGCAGCCAGGCCGAGCCAGUGGCCCAACCCGCGUCGCCCAUCAGAAAACGCCAGAUUCGGCCGGCACGCACCGCCACCACCGCCACCAAGCCGUUGUUGCGCCGAUCCCCUUGCUGUCAGCAGCCGCCACCCGACGCCCACGGCCGUCGGGCCGCGCCGCCCGCAGCCCUCACCGCAGGAGCCCCAACGCGCCAGAUCCGCCGCCACGUCUGGGCCCCGCGCGAUCCACCAACGGCCGCGCCGUCAGCCACGCGACCACCACCCAGCGCCGCCAGCGCGCCAGGCGACGUCGCGCCGCAGCGCCCGGCGCCCACGCCGCGCCCCAGCCGGAGAGAAGGGCCCGCGCCGCUCCUCUGCGCGCGGGGGAGCCAGAAGGCCUGGCCGCCGCCGGACCGGGCGAGCUUUGCCCGGCUAGGCCCUCUGGCGGCGACAGGAGAGGAGGAGGGAGGAGGGGGACUCAGGGGCGGCCGCACCGGAAGUCCUCCCCGCCGCCGCGCGGGGGCGGCGCGGGAGGGAGAGGGUAGGUCAAGGGAGAGGGUCUGUAUCGUUGGAAGAAGGUUAUUCAUGUUUGUACACGAUGGCUCCGUACUUGGUCUAUCCUGCAGAAGCCGGAAGACAGGGACAUUUUUAUGAUGGCGUCUACACGGCUGGAGCGUACGGCCAGGGAGGUUUUCUACCCCCAUGGAUGGCGGUGUGAUUUUUACGGAUAGGAUCUACCGCUCCUUAGGCUGGACACGAUUUAUUGCUUGGCAUUGUAUCAAAUUAUUUUAUUUUUAGGGUGAUCUGGAUUUUUUGGCUGUGUGCAUAGCAUCUAGCUAUGCAGAGGCCGGGCUUUCUUUCGACAUGAUUGUAUCAUCUCGAUAUAUCUAUUCAAUGAAAUGUCCUUUAUCGAAAAAAAAUUAUUAAACAUAUAUUGUAGAAUGCAUGCACGUA